AUGAAUGUUGUUUUUCUGUUGAUUUUCAUCAGUAAAAUAUCAGCUGUUUUCUUCAAUGAACCGAAAUUCUGUCCAACCGUAAAAUGGAAUGAACCUGCAACCACAUUUUCCCCGAACGAUGAAGAUUCAUUAUCAAGUACUGAUGUUGAUAUAUUUAUUGACAUCGACAACACGAUUUAUGUUGCCCUUAAACGAGAAUAUCAAAUUCUUGUUUGGCGUAAGCAAGAUACUUUUCCCAUGAUAAUUCAUGUUCAAAAUUGGUGCAAACUUUCAUCUAUAUUUGUUUCAAAGAUUGGUGACAUUUAUACUAGUUGUAAUACCAAUGAAAUCAUUCGGUGGAUACCAAGUACAAAUACUUUUGUUAAUACGACGACCUUCGAAAAUCCAUGUUAUCAGAUAUUUAUCGAUAUUAAUAAUUAUUUAUAUUGUUCCAUGUGGGAUACGGAUACAGUUGCAAAAAGAUGGUUAGACAAUGAAAUGGAAAUAACAGUUGUGGCUGGUACAGGUUGGACAGGUUCAGCUCCAAACGAGUUGGAUGGACCUAAGGGAAUCUUUGUUGACACAAAUUUGGAUUUAUAUGUAGCAGAUUCUGAAAAUAAUCGAAUUCAAUUAUUUCCACUCAAUGAAAAAAAUGGAAAAACAGUAGCAGGAUAA